AUGUCCACAGAUGCACAGACUCGUAUUGAAGCUCUCCAGCAAGAGCUAGAGAAUACUCGAGAGACAUUUAUAACAGCUCGAGAAUUGCUUGAUGCAGAUGAUCAGACCAUUCAAGCCUAUAUUAGUCAGGAUCAGUCUUCUUUAGAAUCAACACCAGAAACCCUGUUAUUACAAAAGAAGUUUAUAUUAGACUCAUUCAAAAUUAAUAAAGCCCAUAAAAAUUAUAAAGACUGGGAACGUGAUUGUAAGAAACAUCUUAUUGAAAAUGAUGUUGUCCAAUACAAUGAAAUAUUAGGAAAAAUGUCCAGGGUCAAUCUUGCAAUAAACAAGGCUGCUGCCAUUUAUGAAAAGUUGUCGACUUCGGUCACAUUACCAAAUUUCCUUAUAUCACGGAAAACUUUAGAAAAAUUCAAUGACGAGUCGUUAAUUGAAGUUGCUAAAAAAUCCAACAAAGAUGGAAAUGAUCAGUUACCCAGAAACGUGCAAUUAAAACAGCUUUUUUCGUUAGAGGCAUCAUCGACUUUACCUUUACCGGAAUUCAAGGUGAUCAAUCAGUUAAUCAAUAUUGAGUACCGUUUGAGAUUGGAAAAACGGAUACAAUUGGAGUUGUUGACUUUGAUAAAGCAAAAGCUCAAUUCCGAAAAUAGAGAAUGGGCGAAAAAUCUUGAUUCUUUGGAUAGAUUCAUUACGCAGAGCAUUCCAGAAGCGAUUUCCCAAGUAGAAAGAAUCAAAGCACAGGAGCUUGAUGCCAGGUCUAAAAAGAUUGAACAGGAGAGUGACUCGCUGGAUGAUGAAGAGAGUGAGAUCCAAGACGUGGAAAGAGAUGACGAUGAUAUGGAGCAUAGAAGAGAAGAAGUAGACGUGGAAGAUAAUGAAAUGGGCAAAGAGUCAGAUGUCGAGAGUGACGUUCAGCACUCACCAAUCGAUACCACUAGUCUGCCCCUCCCGUCUGAUCAUCACGAAGAUGAGGAAGACCUCGAACUGCAUAUUCACCAAGAAAUAACAGCACCAGAUGAUUCCAACACCGACAAUGAUGAGGACGAAGAUAUGCUACUUGAUCAUUGA